UAUAUAUAUAUGUAGAUUUUGAAUGUAGAUUAGAAAUAGGACAAAAUGAUCAUCAUUCUGUUGAUACACUACAUCUUUGUGCUAACAAUCAGUUGGCAUGUUAUUGCAGUCAGCCUGUCAAUGGGCAAAGAGUAUUUGAUUUCCACUCCCGCAAUUGUCUCUUCCAGUGGAGCCAAACAAGUUUCCUCCAUCACUAUGUACCUUGUGACCUAUGUUCCUCCUAUACAGUUAAGCUUUUUAGUUCAUUGGACACCACAAAGCAAAAACAAGAAAAUCCCGAACUAUGUGAUCGCUUCAAAAGUCUACACGAUAGUUGUGGACCCAAUAUAUUGUUACAACAAGCUCCCUGGUAUACGGUGGACCUUCCAUUUGAUAGGGUCCAACUAUUUUGGAUUGGUUGUGAGCCUUAUGGAACAUGGCGCCCCCCACAUGGAGACAUUCGUCCCGUUACCUGUAGCUGGUUGGGGAAAGGAAUACUUCGCUGUGACAAUGGGGUACAGAUACUCCAUCAUCAUCAUCGCUAACGAUGGGCCGAACCAAAUUUUUUUUACCAUAAACGCAGCGAAGCGUGACUUCCGCAUGAAGUUCGACAAAACACAUUUUGAGGAUGGGGAGAUCUGGAGUAUUGAACUGAAAAAAUUUCAGUCUUACGCGGUGACCAACUGUGCUGAGGACACCUUCGUGGGCUCACUUACAGGUUCAUACCUACGAGGGACCCACGCCUUUGGGGUGGUCACUGGCAAUUGUUUGUCACAGACGGACGAUGAGGCAUGCGGUGUCAACCAGAAUGAGCCGGACGAUAUCUCGUUUAACUUACUGGCAGAGAUGUUGCUGCCUCGUGAGAGCUUCGGCAAGACGUUCAUUUUAUUUCGGCACCCACGCCCGGAGACAAAGGGCCACUACAUCAUUGUGGCGGGCAGCGACAACACGUUCGUGAAACUUUACAACGAGACACUGGGAACUUUCGGCACUCUCAAACUACAGGGCGUGGGAUCGUGGCACAAGACGGAGGCCACAUCUUGCUACAUGACCAGUAACAAGGGUAUCCAAGUGACCUAUGUCCUGGCCUCGUCGUGUAAAGGAAUGCCAAACGACGCUCCUAGUUUGUGCAACCUUAUACCAGUCGAGUUGUUUUACUUUAAGUACCUAUGUAGCGUUCCCAAGAACCAGGAAAUGUUCCACUAUAUUCUGUACACCGUGGAACUGAAAGCUGGUAAAGACAUCCGGUUGGACUUCGCUGCAAAUACUUCCAGUUUCUCCCAGCAAUACGUGCGAGGUAACAACGCCUGGAGAACCUACUCCGCCACUGUGCUGCCAGGCUCCAGCUUCGUCAUCUACUCAACACAGUCUACCUUUGGGUGCUACUUGUUCGGGUGGAGCGCCCGGGCCACCUACAUGCACCCUGCAGGGUUUAUAUCUUCGCCAAUCAACCUGGUUUGUAUCAAAAGUAUUAAAAAAAUGAGACCCUUGGAUCUUAUUGACAAUGACUGCGAUGGGAAAAUAGAUGAAGAAAUCAACAACCAAAUUGAUGAUGAUGGAGAUGAACUUAUUGAUGAAGACUUAAAUAUUUUUACAGACAAUAACACAGUUCGGACAAUGUCAUUGGUUGACUUCUUGUCAGCGACUCCAAACUUACCAGAGACAACGAUGACACCAAAAUGGUCACAAAUGACCACCAUCCCCCAAAGUGUAAACAGUUCCAGGCCUUCAGGGAAUAGCAGUAUCUCUUCCAGAAUUUGCACCACGCCCUAUCAUUACGGAGAGAACUGCCGCUACAGCUGUAAGCAUUGUUUAUCAGACUGUGACAAGGUCAACGGCUCAUGUGAUGAUUGUUACCCAGGAUACGAGGAUCCGGAACUCGCUUGCACCACAGUGCAAGGAAAAUAUGGUGACUGGUCCCAAUGGCAUUGCUUACAAAAUUGUAAGGAUACAAGCAUGGUGAAACAGAGGUUGUGUAAAAAGUCUUCCAAAUGUUCCGGGGACAUAGUGGUCAGACGAUACGGGAAUUGUUACAGAAAAAUGUGCCCAGAAAGUUGUCAAAAGUUUACUUGGGGUGUUUACUGCGCUCAUGACUGCUCAAACUGCGGUGAGGACUGCAACAAGUUUAACGGGUCUUGCAAAUGGUGCAGAGCUGGAUUCAAAGGACACGACAAAGCCUGUGCAGACACUUGUGGGUUUAAUGAGUUUGGAGUCAACUGUAGAGGCAACUGCAAGGCUGUUUGUGGUGAGGAUUGCAUGGACAGAAAAGAAGGAUUCUGCCACGGAGCAAAGGUAGAUUUGCAACUGGUAGCCGUAGUCAUUUCACUUUUUGCCAUAGGCCUGGCCAUCAUCACCUACUCUUAUAUCUAUUUUCGGAGUACUCAAGAAGAUAUGGUGAUCAUGAACGCCAUUUCUGUCACAGGGCAAUCGAACUCUCGAGGCGCAAUUUCUGGAUCACAAAGCCGAUCCAUCGCCAACAAAAGUCUUGCCCAGAGUCGUUCCCAGCUCAGAACCGAAGCAUCCGGCCCGCUACCUCAGCGGUCCACAAACACGCUGCCAAACGCCAACUCAUCCACCGCAGACGGUUUCGGUAACAUCGACGUCGGGAACUCAGAGAGGUCUCCUAAACCUCAGCCCAGCAGACAGGUGUCGUUCAACAACAAGGUUCUGACUUCGGUGAUCAAGACGCCCAGAACUGUCCCAUUAAAGGGCUAUCAAUCCCAGACUCGGGUCUAGACGGAAAUGAUAGUGACGUGACGUACUCUACGCCUUAGCAACAAAUAAACAUGGAGGCCAUUGACGUUGUACACAAACUUUGUAUUGACUUUGGAAACGGAGUGUGUGGCAGAGUGGCAUACAACACUUUGUUAUCUGAGUGGGCAUGGGUUUGAAGAUCGAUGGAGACUUGGACUAGUCCGUGUGAUUUACCCACCAUUUUGUCAUGAUGAAAUAAGAUUAUUAAGUGACAAUGAGCAAGAGUAAUAAUCAGUCGGAAGAUUAUAGUCAACAGUUAUUUGUUCCUGUCGAGGUAGCCACUGCUACAUGGCAUGUGAAGAAGUUUUAAGAAAUUGUAACAU